CAUGCAAACGAAGUGAUCCAUCGAGACGUGAAGAGUGACAACAUCCUUCUCAGAACCGACGGUUCUGUCAAACUGGCUGAUUUUGGCCUCGCUACUCAGCUCACCCCUGAGCAGAGCAGACGGUGCUCGGUAACCGGGACUCCUUGGUGGAUGGCGCCUGAAGUGGUGACAGGUCAACCAUAUGGCCCCAAAGUGGACAUAUGGUCUUUUGGAAUUGUGGGAAUUGAAAUGAUAGAACAAGAACCUCCUUACUUGGGCGAAAGUUCUGGCACGGCUACAUACCUGAUAGCCACAGUAGGGACUCCACAGCUGCAGCAGCCCAAGCUCCUCUCGGCUUUGCUGCGUGACUUCCUGAGCUGCUGCCUGCAGACAGACGAGGAGCAGCGCUGGUCUGCCAAGGAGCUCCUGCAGCAUCCAUUUGUAACUUCAGCCAAGCCACCAUUCAUCCUGGCACAAGUCAUCAACUCAGUGAAGAAGACGAAUAACCCUAACCCUAAACUCUAAACCUAAAA